CGGACAUCGUACGAUGUGCCAAUAUAUUUAUCAACACCCGGACUACUGCGCGCGUGUGGAGCCGGAGUCAGAUAUCAGAAUUCAUGUUAUUGACAAUGAGUUUAAUCUCGGACAAACUACAUGUAACCUGCUUUUUAUUGAGAGCUUGAGCAAGUUAUGAUUGGUUGCGACAAUGGAGCAACUGCUCUUCGUUUUGCUUGGCUUCACCUUGACGCCGUUUUUCUGUGUGGUUUUGCUGAUCGUUGUUCCGGGCUGUUUUGGAUUAUCGCUCGGACUGCGCCAUCUGUACAUCAACUUUUUACUCUGGAUGUUUGAGCUCGGAAACAAAAUCUCACAGACGCCGUCUCCAACAAAGACCACUGUGCCCGCCAUCAAUCUUGGGGCCGGAGAUGAGGAGGACGAUGAAGAUGAAAGAGAGAAGGAGGACCCUCAGAGUCAGAAGAUAUUUGUGCCAAAUGUAACCAAUGCCAAUGUUCUGAUUCGAAAGGAAUCCACCAAGCACCUUGCCGAUGGCAUCAAGCCCAGAGUCACCAAUGGUCAACUGACCUAUAGACAGUCUGCCGAGGAGUUCCGUCUGUCUGAUGUCUGCUACUUCGCCAAGAAGGGCGUCGAGGCCAUUAUUGAUGAUGAAGUGACUAAGCGUUUCACUGCCGAAGAGCUUCCAUCCUGGAAUUUACUGACGAGAACAAGCAUGCGUUACCAUUACAUCAACAUUCAUUUGACGCUUCUCUGGGUGGCAGGGUUUGCUUUUCGAUACUUGGUACUCCUACCUGUCAGGUUGGCUGUUACCAGUAUUUGUAUGCUGUAUCUGCUGGUGUCAUCUGCAUUCCUGGGAUAUUUCCCAGAUUCAAGAUUCAAACAGAUUUUAAACAAGUACAGCUCUCUGACUCUCCAUCGUAUGUUCUGUCGAUGUUUCUCAGCCAUUAUCACAUUCCACAACAAAGAGAACCGAGCCAAGGGAGGGAUAUGUGUGGCCAAUCACACCUCGCCAAUCGACAUCGCCAUCUUGUCUUUUGACAAUGUUUAUGCAUUUAUUGGCCAACUCCACACGGGUUUCACAGGGAUGGUCCAGCGUGCUAUGAGUCGUACAGGCACAGACCAUAUCUGGUUUGAGCGCUCGGAGGUACGAGACCGGAAGAAAGUCACACAGAGGUUGCGAGAACACGUAAAUGAUCCAAACAAGUUACCCAUUUUGAUCUUCCCUGAAGGAACAUGCAUUAACAACACGUCCGUCAUGCAGUUUAAAAAAGGAAGUUUUGAGGUUGGCGGUAUGGUCUACCCAGUAGCCAUAAAGUACAAUUCCAAUUUCGGGGAUCCGUUCUGGAACAGCAGCAAGUAUUCAAUGGUCCGGUACCUGCUCAUGAUGAUGACAAGUUGGGCUAUUGUGUGUGAUGUCUGGUAUCUGCCUCCCAUGGUAAAAGGGGAGGAUGAAGAUGCCGUUGAAUUUGCCAAUCGAGUCAAGUCAGCCAUCGCUAAGCAAGGUGGACUUCUUGAUCUUACCUGGGACGGUCAGUUGAAGAGAACCCGGGUGAAGAGCAUCUACAAAGCAAAAGAGCAAGAAGAAUACAGCAAGAUGAUCAAGACAGAUUGAACCUCCAGGACUGAAGAGUAAGGACUGCUGUCGACUGUGUGUACGGAAUGUUGAGAUACAGGAUGAAAAACUGGUUGUCAGAAACAAAAUAUUGCUAUGUUGUGCUGCCUGAGUAAUGCCACAAGCUAAGUAGCACUUGUGUGUACAUAGGUGUCAAAAACGUGUUACAGUAAACUCCGACUAAGUUGGCACUCUCGGGACUCAAGAACUUAUGACGACUUACGUGAAUGCCGACUAGUGCUGUAAGUCGUCAUUUUGCUUACACGUACACAUGUAUUGCCUAUGUACAUUAUGAUUCCUUGCACUAAUUCAAUG